AUGUUCCUGCAGCAGGCCACCAAGGCGCACAAUGCCAGCCAGGCGGCGCAGAAGGAGAAGCUCGCCAAGGAGAAGGCGGCGAGGCGACCGUGGGUGGAAAAGUACCGUCCCAAGACGAUCGACGAGGUGACGGCGCAGGAGCAUACGGUCGCGGUGCUCAAAAAGACGCUCAUGUCCAACAAUCUUCCGCACAUGCUCUUCUACGGUCCUCCGGGCACGGGUAAGACGUCGACCAUCCUGGCGCUCGCACGGCAGCUGUUUGGGCCCGAGCUGAUGAAGACGCGUGUGCUGGAGCUCAACGCCUCGGACGAGCGCGGCAUCACGGUGGUGCGCGAAAAGAUCAAGAACUUUGCCAAGCUGGCCGUGACCAAUCCCAAGGAAGGGUUUCCGUGUCCGCCGUUCAAGAUUAUUAUUCUCGACGAGGCGGAUAGCAUGACGCAGGAUGCGCAGAGUGCGCUGCGUCGCAUCAUGGAGCAGUACAGCCGCAUCACGCGAUUCUGCCUCGUGUGCAACUAUGUGACGCGCAUCAUCGAGCCGCUGGCGUCGCGAUGCAGCAAGUUCCGCUUCCGCUCGCUCGACACCUCGUCCACCAAGGCACGGCUCGAGAUGAUCGCCAACACCGAGGCGGUCACGUUUGAAGACGACAAGGUGCUCGACACGCUCAUCGGCACAUCGGACGGCGAUCUGCGUCGUGCAAUCACGUACCUUCAAUCCGCCUCUCGCCUGCACAGCGUGGUGGGCGAUGACAAGAGCGCCGUCACGUCGGCAUCCAUCGUGGAGAUCGCCGGCGUCGUGCCCAGCCGUGUCAUCUCGAGCCUUGCCGAUGCAGUAGGCAUCGAGGCAUAUGCAGGCAGCGACGGCGAUGUCGACAUGGACGCGGGCGCCAAGAAGCGCGACGCCUUUGAUCGCAUCCGCCACGAGGUGCGUGUGAUCACAAGAGAGGGCUACUCGAUCACGCAGCUGCUCGUCCAGCUGCACGACUACGUGAUCGGCCAUCCAACCUUGCUCGCCAUGAUCAAGGCCAAAGCGGCCCUGCUGAUGGCCGAGAUGGACAAGUGCCUCACCGACGGUGCCGAUGAGGAGCUGCAGCUGCUCAAUCUGUGCCUCAAGCUGCAAGAGGUCGUCCAGAGUGACGGCAAGGCUUACGUCUGA